AGUGACGUAAAUGUCUAUAUUACAUUAUCCUUCUCCUUUCUCACCUUAAACCCUUGUCCUGCAACCAAACCAAAAUGAAAAAACCCUGAAAAUGACGAUAGCUGUAACAAGGUUCCUCUCACUGUUCGAAACCACCGCCGCCGCAAACCUCCACCCAUACCGUCCAAUUCGAUUCCCCCCUAAACCAUUAACCUUACGCUUACGCUUACGCCGCCGUUACUCAUCAUCCUCCGUUUCUGUAAUAACCGAUGAAAUCGCCGCCGUUGGUGAAAUAACCGGAGAAUCUCAACAACAUCCGUGGCUUGAGUGGGUGGCUUUCGUUGACCGCUUGAAGUCAAAAGGGUACAUUAAUGAAGAAGCUGGAAGUGAUGUGUAUAAAGAUAUGAGUGUUUUGAAGGAAGCUUGCCUUCGUUUUGGUCGUGAUCGAUUUGAUUUGUUCAAGUCACUAUCUAUGCAAGAUAUUCAGACUCUUGUAGACAAGGGUUGUCCUAAUAUUAACCGAAAGACUGUUAAUUCAGGGAAACGUUUGAGAGCACAUCUACAGCUCGAUGAAGGAGACGUAUGUGGUGCAUGUGUUUUCCGAGGAUCAUGCGACAGGGCCUAUGUGAUACUAAAAGACAAUGAAUCGGAUGCAAGAACUGUAGAUAUUGUGCGCGUUUUGUUAAAUUAUGCUCUUGAUCCUGCUGAUAAGAAGCCUUCAGGGGCGGAAGUUGUUGAAGCAUCUGCCAAGAAGUUGCUUUUGGAGUUGAUCGAGCUUAGUGACACGAAAGUUGAUCCUGAAUUGCAAAAACCAGUUGCUAGAAAGGCACGUUCUUUUGAAGUUAUGGAGAGGGAUUCAUCACAAUCGCAGAAUGUUGAAAUGAAAAGAGGAGACUGGUUGUGUCCCAAGUGCAAUUUCUCGAAUUUUUCUAGGAAUAAAAAAUGCCGGGAAUGCAACGAAGAUGGUCCUCAAAAAGCUGGCGGUGACAAUGUUGAAAUGAAAAAAGGCGAUUGGAAUUGUCCUCAAUGCAAUUUUAUGAAUUUUUCAAGAAACAUACGGUGCCUAAAAUGCAAAACUGAGGGACCUAAGAGGGUUGGAACAAAUGAUGUUGAAAUGAAGAAAGGAGACUGGAACUGUCCACAGUGUCAAUUUAUGAAUUUUGCCAGCAACACAAAGUGUUUACGAUGCCGAGAGCAACGUCCCAAGAGGCAACUAAAUCCCGGAGAGUGGGAGUGCCCCUCGUGUGAUUUCUUCAACUAUGCUGGAAAUGUUGUAUGUCGGAAGUGCAAUGGGGAAGAUGCAGCAGAAUCUAAAUAUCAAGAACAGAUGUGGAGGAAACAGUAACUUGUAGUGGGUUAAAUGCAAGUGUAAUGUCAUAAAUAAAGUUGCAGUUAAUUGUUAUGUAAAAAGGUGGAAAAUCAUUCACAGAUAAUUUAAUGAGUUCAGUAAGUAUGUGGAAAAUCAAA